AUGACUGCAAAAAAAGUAAGACAUUGCAACAAAGGAAGCCGCUGCAUAACAUGUUUGCUUAGUAACCGCGCUCAGAAGGUAUACAUGGUGUUCUAAAUCUGAUUAAUAUUGAUAUUGAUAUUUGAUAUCACCUUUGUUAUCUAAAAUCGCUUUUUGAGAGAUUGGCCCUGUCAUCGUUUGAGUGUAUAAAAGUCAGAAACUUAAAUAUCUUGAAUUCUGAAGACAAAAGUUUCAGCAAUUGCAGUUGCCUUAAUAUUUAAUUUCAGACUCCGUCAUAAAAAAAUAAUAAAAACACAAGGAAACAAUAGUGCCAGUACCUCGUUUAUUAACCAUUCGUAAAUUUUGACUUUAUUUUUAUCUGUCGUCAUUGGAAUUUCGUUCUUCGAUGGACAACGGUAUUUCGGGUUUGGUCAGUGCGCUGCUGUUUAAAAGAUUUUUCCAAAAUGGACUCCAGUUUAUGACAUUUCAUUUUUCUGAAAUAUAAUUUCUGUUUCGGAGAAUAAGUCUACAAAAAUGUGAAUCAAGUAGUUUGACCAUGGAUGGUGUCGACGGUUUAAUCUAUGGGAAGAGAAACGAAAUGUUUUAACGAUUUUUGCUGCUUCGGGGAAGAAAGUGACCUCUUUGACAUUUUACGGUUAUACUUCCGAGGAAUACUGCACUUGAUUUUUUAAAAAGAAUUACAUUAAGUCGCCAUAUGUUUUGAAGAAUUCAAAGCCUCACAAGACAGACGAUAUUUGAUUAACUUUUUCAGCCGUUUAAAAGCUGACUGUGACUGACGGAUACUGAGGGCAGAACACGACUGGUGGGAAAAAAGUGCACAAAAAAACAUUAUUAUUUGUUUAACUUGUAGAUGGUAACCAAGACUCAACUCGCCUUUUUGCUCGUGUCAUGCAUCGUCAUGUCGCUGUUAAUCGAGCCAGCUGUUAGUCAAAAGGAUGCUUUACGGUGGGGUAAACGAGACUACGACUCACCCGACGAUUAUAUGCCGAUUAAUCCGAAGCACCGUCGAAGACAGUACGACAACGAGGAAGAUUAUCAUAGUGAGUAGACAGGGUAUUUAAAAAGCAUAAGAGGAGCUGUGUCACGAAAUUUGUCAAUAUUCAGAUCAAACAUUUGGGAACUGUCACUAAAUUGAGGAAGACAUAAAAAUAACCACUUAAACCAUUAAUUUAAAGAACAAACAAGCAAACCAUAUACAAAAGAUGGCACGGAUAAAAAUAAUGGAAGAAGAUUGUUAAGGGUUGCAAUCAUGAUAUUGUGGUUUUUGAAAACUUGUCAGCUUAACAGUUUUUUUUAGUUCAUUUUUUUUACUGUUUGUAACGAUGGAAGAAAUAUUUGUUUGGAGUCUGUGGUUAUUCAGGUUUUUUUGCGAGUAAUUUGUUCUCUAACGUCAAGUUCCAUUGCGAAUAAAGUCAUGUAGUCUAGACCUCGAACUUUUGUUAUAUCGCUUUUCUGCAAGGUAAACACUUCAAAAAGAAAAAAAACUUUCCCGGCCCGAAAUUAAAGAGCUGCCAGGGCUUGGAAAGAAAAAACCCCAGAUUAGAGAGAAGUGCCCUAUAUACGCGAUUUUCAAAUUAAGUUCAUGACUUUGGUUUAACACGAAUAAAUUCCUAUCAAAGAAGAAGAAUUUGCUUAAAUUGUAAAUUAAUGUGACGAUAUUGAGGACAGGUAAUUUAUCGUUUCUUUAUAUGACGUGUUAAUUAAAGCAAAACUUAAUGAUGUUAAAUCUAUUUAUAAAAAUUAAGUUAAUAGUCUUUUGGAAAUCCAAUUUGGCGGAUCUAAAAUGACGCCUAUUUGAAGUCAUGACGUCAUGUCACAUGGCAGUUUCAGACGUACUGCUAAAAUAAACCUCCACGGUUUUUUGUCAUAUGAAUAGAAAUUGUUUAGUAUUUUGAGUACUUAACAGCCUCUUUACAAAUUAAAGAGAAUUUAUCCUGAUCAAAGGUUAUACGCUCCGGCAUCAUCAGCUUGGCAACUACAUCUCCUAAAAGACAGGGGCACCCAACAAGAAUAUAGUUCAAAACCACUUAAACAUAGCAUUGUUGAACGCAUUCAGUAGUAUUUAAACGUAUAGGCACAUUUUUAUCCCCAAAAAAUUUUUCAUCUAUUCCGAUUUCCUAGCUGAAAGUCUAGUGAUCCGAAAACUAUAGGGAUCAAAACUAAAUACUUUUUCGAAAAUUUCAGCCAGAGAAAAGGCUCCUGAAAAUUCUAGGUGACCUUUUUAGGGUAAAAAUCCGUUAAAAAUGGGCAAUUAUACCAUUUUUUAGAUGUUAAAAUCCUAGGAGAGGCAGGCAAACAAGAAAUUUUACAACAAAUGUUCCGAAAAUUCUAGAUCUCAAAUCGUCUUCCGAACAUAUAUUUUCCAAAAAUUGACGUUGGGUGCCCCUGAUGAAAUGAUCUGAAAAAGGUGGGGGGAAACAUUUACAUCAUUCAUUUAUUACAUUGACAAAUUAAUUAUUGCUUAUGUCUUUUUCUUUCAAUUUACAGGAGAUUUCGUAAGGAGAAGUGACCUGUCGGACCGUUUUCGACUUUAAUAAGCCAAUAUUAGAAUCAUAGAAUUUAGCGGAGCAAAAUAAUAAUUGUUGUUGAAUAUUGAAUUGCAUACGUUAAUACGUGCCGAAUGUUGAAAAUAGAAAUAAAAUAAUUUCACUUAUUUAGCUCAACUGAGUGUGUUAAACUGAG